AUUCACGAGCGCUCCGCUAUUCGAUGAUCACCGAAUCAUUGCUCGGGAAAUUCAAAUGGGAAGAUGGGAUAAGACGGCAAGAGACAACGUGUAAGGGGCGGCAGGCUAGCGUCGGGCUAAAGUGAGCAGCAGUACGGUCAUGCUUUUCCCUCCAAUCACUCGCCUUCCUCCUCCGCGGCUCCACCUUGUGCUUCAAGCGUCCUCUUUCCCUUUCCCCUCCCUCCGCCCCUGCACCACCACCACCAUUUCUCUCACUCUCUCUCUCUCUCUCUCUCUCUCUCUCGAUUUUUUUGUUCUGAGUUGUGAAUAUUCGAUGGUGGAUCAAUUUGGGGGCACGGAUGUGCUCCAGACAUGACAUGGCGUUCUCAGCAGCUUUGCAUCCCUAUCUUCCUGCCACCUCUUCUCAUCAGCUCUCCAAGUUAUUCUCUCCAAGGCUUAGUAGGAAACGGGAAGGUUUAGCUGUUACAAAAUCUCUAAAAGAGAAGGGUCACUCGACAUGGUCUGUUAAGUCAGCCUUGGAUAACAGGAAAUCCAGCAUCAAUGACAAUGGGGCAAUGGAACCAGCGAGGGUUCUCUUGGAGAGAUUGUUUGCACAAACACAAAAACUCGAAGAACAGAUGAACAGAGAUUCUCCUCUCUCACAGGAUAUUCAGUGGGGCCUCAACCUUGAAAUAUUGGAGUCUGAUCUUCAUGCUGCAUUGGAAGUUUUAAAGAAGAAGGAAGAGGAUCUACAAGAUGCAGAAAGGAUGGUCUUGUUGGAACACAGGGAAUUAACCCACGCAAAGGAGCAGUUGGAGCAGAGAGAGCAAGAAAUUUCUGCCGCCUGUUUCAAGCAGGAAAAACUAGAGGAUGAGCUGAAGCAGGCUAAUCUUGGCUUACUUGCUCAGGCUAGGCAGAUGGAAGAUUUAAAGCUUCAGCUUCAGGAGAGAAACCAAGAGAUUACUGCCAUGGAAUCUGCAAUAUCUUUGAAAGAAGAUGAGAUGGAUGAAAUAAGGAAUGAAUUGGCGAGGAAGAGUGAGGAAGCUGCCACGACCAAUUCUGAACUAAAAUCCAAGGCUCAACUCCUGAAUGAAGUCAACGAAGUUGUUAAGAAACAAGAAGUUGAAAUCAAAGAACUCCGGAAAGUAAUUCAAGAGAAAGAGGAAGAACUUAAAGUCUCUGUUACACUGCAGAAAUUUGAACAGGAUAAGCUGAAAGUUGCAGAGGCCAAGUUAGAGAAGCAGACAAUGGAAUGGUUAUCAGCACAGGAAUUUCUGAAGAAACUUGCAGGGGAUACAUCCCAAAAUAUCGGAGAAACUAAUGAAACUUUGGAGGACUUUAAGAGAGUGAAGAGGCUUCUUGCAGAUGUCAGGUCUGAGUUGGUUACUUCUCAGAAAUGUCUGGCUUCCUCGAGACAGAAAAUGGAAGAUCAAGAGCAGCUGCUAGAAAAGCAAGUAGCUGAACUUGAAGAGCAAAAGAUAACUGUUAUGUCUCACAUGACGAGUUUAAAAAAUGCUCGAAUGGAAGUGGAAAGUGACAGGGUGAAGCUUACGGUUGCUGAGGCUCGAAACAAGAAGCUUGAACAGGACUUAACCAUGGAGAAAGAGCUAGUAGAAGAGUUACAGAAGGAGUUGAAUAACGAGCAAUCUUCUCUGCAAAAGGCAAUCCAGGAAGUGUCUUUUCUUCGGAGUGAGCUAGAUUUGAAGAGUUCUGAGUUUGAAGAGAUGCAUAAUCUUCUCAAAGCUAAAGAAUCAGAGUUGGUGGAAGCUAAACUAGAAAUUCAGCAUUUAAAAUCUGAGCAGGCUUCUUUGAGACUUAUCUUAAAUGGUAAAGAUGUGGAACUAUUCACUGCAAGGAAGAAGUUAGAAGAAGUAAAUCAAGAGGUUGCUGAGCUAAAACUGCUUAUGAACAACAAACAGAACCAGCUUACCCAGGCAACUACUCUGCUACAGGAGCAAGACAAACAUUUUCAGACAAUGCAACAUGAAUUAAGUGAUACAAAGCAGAGAUUUUCUGAAGCUGAAACAGUGGUUGAAAGGAUUGUAGAGCUUACGAACAAACUGAUCAUCUCCACAAAGGAUGAAGAUGCAUUGGGCCCAGUUAAUGGAAGGAGAGGCAGUUUGCUGCUGCAACUGUCAGAGAAGCCGAGCAGUGAUGUUAGGUGGCAGAAGAAACAGCUUGAAACUGAGCUUGAGCUGACCAAAGAAAGCUUGAGAAUGAAAGAAAUUGAAGUCCUGUCUGCACAGAGGGCCCUUACAAUUAAGGAGGAAGAGCUCAAAGCUGUUCUUGGGAGAUUAGAUGCAAAAGAUGAGGAACUAAAGAGGGUGAAGGAAGAAAUUAUCGAAGACACAGAUGGUCUGAGGAACCUUUAUGCUUUGGCACAGGAGAGAAUUGGUGAAAGGAGUAUUGGGGACUUGGCAAUGGAAAAGCUCCAACUUGAGGCUGCCCAACUGGAAGUUGAAGCUGCAACCAGUGCACUCCAUAAACUUGCAGAAAUGAGUAGGGAGCUUUUGAAUAAAGCUAGCCUGAGCAUUGAAGCUGAUGCUGAUAUCAGUGUCUUACUGCAAAAUGGUUCUGAUUCUAGCUCAAAUGUUGUGGAAAAUGGGUCUUUUACUGAGGUUGAAACAGAAGUUACCUAUCUUUCAUCUUUAACCGAACAGCUUGUUAGAGAAGCUGGGAUUGUCGAUGCUGCGUAUUAGCAGCUCCAAUUGCAAUGCUGGCAGCCACAGGCAGCUUUUGUGCAUAUAAUUGAUUGCUUUCUAUAGAAUAGCUGGUAGUCUUGGCACAUUUGUUCCUGUGUUGUAACUAUCAAGCUAUCCAUACAAAUGUUAAAAGUUUGGUUCCUCAAUAGAAUAAGUUGAGAAUGGAAUAGCUA